AUGAAAUUCCUGAUCGCUCUCCUCCCGUGCCUCGUUUCGGUGGCCGCCGAAUUUUGGGAUCAUCCCCGUGGAGACGCUUUCCCACCACUUGCCAUCUGGAAGCUUGACCCGAACUGCAAUACCUGCCGUGACGUGGAGACACCCGAGGAGAAAUUCGGACGCGAUGGAUAUCAAUGCUCGCGUGAAGCCGGCGUGUUGGCCGAUUGCAAUGCUUGUUGUCAAGAGAAAACCCUUCACUUGGGACUCAUGUGGCCUGCUCCAGUCACCGGCAUCAACAUCAUCUCGUCGAUCGACAAUGCGCCAGCUUGUGCCUGCUGUUUCUCGAAUGGACAAUGUGACAGCAAUACUCCACAACCAGUGCCUCAACCAGUGCCCGUGCCUCAACCAGUUCCAGUGCCUCAACCAGUGCCAGUGCCUCAACCAGUGCCAGUGCCUCAACCUCAACAAUCGCAACCACUCCCAAUCCAGCCAUUCCCACAGCCUCAACCAAUCUUGACUCCCACCCAACCAAUGCAACAAGUUGCCCAACCUGGACAAUCAAAGCAACAAGUGCUCUCCGUUCAACCAGAGCUCCCCAACCAACCAAUGCAACAAGGACAAAUGGGACAACCCACUCCAAUGGGACAACAAGGACAAAUGGGACAACAAGGACAAAUGGGACAACAAGGACAAAUGGGACAAAUGGGACAAAUGGGACAAAUGGGACAACCCACUCCAAUAGGACAACAAGGACAAUUCGGACAACCCACUCAAAUGGGACAAAUGGGACAAAUGGGACAUCCCGGACAACAG